AUGGCCCUAGGGCCUGUGAGCGGGAGGGCUUCCUGCAUUCUGGGGGUGCUUUGGACGCUGAGCUGCGGGGCUGGUGCUUCAGGAGCCGACUCUGGAUCACGGGGUGUUGGGAGCCGAAUGCCCCCCCAGCUGGAAAUCGGGAAUGAGGCUGAUGGCAUCCGGUAUGCCCAGCACCAGGACAGGCCUGUAGAUUGCUGGGAAGUGCGGACCCAGAACAGCUCCAAGUGGUGCCACUUCAUCCAGACCAACCCGGACUGCCAAAUGGACAGUGGCUUCCUCAACUACCUGAACGGGGUCUUCUGCGUCUUCCCCUCGGGGCUGCUGCCGCUGGUGGUGACCUUAUACGCGCUCUGGCUGCUGUAUCUGUUCCUCAUCCUGGGAGUGACAGCUGAGAAGUUCUUCUGCCCCAACUUAUCUGCGAUCUCCACCCAUCUGAGACUGGCCCACAACGUAGCUGGCGUCACCUUCCUGGCCUUUGGGAACGGCGCGCCCGAUGUCUUCAGUGCUGUGGUGGCGUUCUCCGACCCCCGGACUGCCGGGCUGGCUAUCGGCGCUCUCUUUGGCGCGGGCGUGUUUGUGACCACAGUGGUGGCCGGCGGGAUCGCCCUGCUCAAGCCCUUCACGGUGGCCUCCAGGCCGUUCCUCAGGGAUGCCGUCUUCUACAUGGUGGCCGUGUUCCUGACCUUCACAAUGCUGUACUUCCGGAGGAUCACCCUGGCGGGGGCGCUGAGCUACCUCGGGCUGUACAUCUUCUACGUUCUGACAGUCGUGAUCUGCACCUGGAUUCACAGGAGGCAGCGUGGGGAAGGGUUGUCCCCUGCCGGCUCCGGCCAGCCAGAGCGUGCAUCCGACCCGGAAGAUGAGGAUUCCCUCUCCUCCAGCGGUCACAGUGGGGAGUACGAGGAGGAAUACCGGCCCCUGCUCCCCUCCGAGGAGGGGACUCUACAGAUCCUGACCAAGUCCGUGAACCCUCUGGAUCGCAGGAAGUGGAGGAGGAAAUCCUGCUACUGGAGAUUCCUCAAGGUUUUCAAGAUGCCGGUGGAGUUUGUGAUGCUGCUCACGGUGCCUGUGGUGGAUCCCGAUCAGGAGGACCACAACUGGAAGAGACCUCUCAACUGCCUGCACCUGAUCACCAGUCCCUUGGUCUGCAUCCUCACGCUGAAAUCUGGUGCCUAUGGGCUGUAUAAAAUCCAGGGGGUCUUCCCAGUCUGGGGCCUGGGAAUCCUGAUUGGUGCUUUCCUGGCUGCUAUUGUCUUCUGCACUACAAAGAACGAGGAGCCGCCCAAGUAUCACUGUGUGUUCGCCUUCCUGGGUUUCUUGGCCAGCGCCCUGUGGAUUAACGCAGUCGCCACGGAGGUGGUCAACAUCCUGCGGACCUUAGGCGUGGUCUUCCAGCUGAGCAACACGGUGCUGGGCCUGACGCUGCUGGCCUGGGGGAACAGCAUCGGUGACACUUUCUCGGACCUCACCAUGGCGCGGCACGGAUACCCCCGCAUGGCCUUCUCUGCUUGCUUUGGGGGCAUCAUCUUCAAUAUGCUGGUGGGAGUGGGACUGGGCUGUUUGCUGCAGAUGACAAGCAGCCAACUGGCAGUAAAGCUGGAGCUGGAUGGUCUUCUGGUCUGGAUUCUGGCUGGAGCACUGGGGCUGAGUCUGGUCUUUUCCUUCAUAUCAGUGCCGGCUCAGUGCUUCCAGCUGGGCCGAGGGUACGGGGUCUGCCUCCUCCUCUACUACCUGGCCUUCCUCACGGUAGCUUUGCUGACGGAGUUCAAGGUGAUCCAGCUCCCCGCCCCCUGA